AUGACAGAAAAUGAUGAACUGUUAGCGCGAAUCGGCCAGCUCGCAGGUCAAAUCAACCGGCAUAAAGCACAGCCUGCGCAACCUGCCCCGCCUUCACAUCAGUCCCACUAUGUGUCUCGUCACGCGCACUCACACCCCGGAUGGACACCAUAUUCUCGAGGCAGAGGCAGAGGCCGCCCUCUCGCCCCCCAUCGAAAUCGCACUCUAGUAUUGAAUAACAGUGGCCCUGGAUCAGUGCAAAGUAGUGCUUCUUCUCCUGGUCCUUCCAGCGACAACGAUGGUGAAGUGCGACAAGCCAACACCUCAAACGGGUGGGUUGCGAAGCGGGACCGCCACAUGCAGCUGAUCAAUUCGGCUGUUUACGAGAAAGAGAAGAUUGCCCGCGCCAAAGCCAUGGAGGAUACCCGCAAGAUGAAGAUGCAACGGCGUGCUGAGCGCGAACAGGCUAAGGUCCUGCAGUACGCACAAGCUGCUGGAGAGAAUGCGAUAGUCUCGACUAUUGCUCAGCCAACAGCCCCGCAUCAAAUUCUUGUGAACCAUGUCCCAUUCAGUGUCACCCACGGGGGUAGCAAAUUAGUUCGAUUAUCCAAUGACCCCAAUACCGCGAAUAGUACUCCUAAGCGAGUCAACGUGGCGGGCGUGACGUUUGUGCGAAGCAAGAAUGGCAAUCUCCACCGUCUUGGAGCUGUGGCCUCGAAAAAGUGGGUUACGUUGGAGCAAGAUAUAGGUCGAUUCAAUGCUAAAUCAAGAUCAAGGAACCCGACAACCGUCAAGAAAAAGAACGAGCUUUGCAAGAGAUUCACCACGACCGGCGCCUGCUACAAGGGUCCAUCAUGCCCGUUCGUCCACGAUCCGAACAAAGUUGCCAUCUGCAAGGACUUCCUUCAGACUGGUCAAUGCAGUGCUGGUAUGAGCUGUGAUCUUUCCCACGAGCCCUCACCCCAUCGCUCUCCUGCUUGUGUGCAUUUCCUUAGGGGUCGAUGCUCCAAUCCUGACUGCCGCUACGCGCACAUUCGGGUGAAUCCCGGCGCACCUGUCUGUCGUGAAUUUGCGACUCUUGGGUAUUGCGAAAAGGGAGCUAGCUGUGAAGAGCGUCAUGUUCAUGAAUGUCCCGACUAUGCCAACAAUGGUGUCUGCCACAAGAAGCGAUGUCGACUGCCUCAUGUUGACCGUGCAGGCCAGAUUCGCAAGGCUGCCGCGGCCGCGGCAAAGGCCGAGGCCUCGGCUGACAAUGAGGAUGAGUCUGACCAGUCUAGCGAGGAAGAGGAUUACGAUGCGAUCGACUCGGAUGAUGUUGAUUCGGACGAGUUCGAUGAUGUUUCCACUGAGCUUCUUGAAGGAGUUGAUAGUGGCGAGAUGGCUGAGCAGCAUGAUUUCAUCAAGUUUGAUCAGGCCAGUGACUCUGCUCCUAGCGACUAG